GACAGUGAUAAGAAUUUAUUUCACUCGAUUUGUUUUACUGAAAGUUCUGAAACAUUACAGUUUAACGUCAGAAGGUGCAUGUGUUGUGUUGUUAAUUGUGAUUGUGUUGUUAAAUGCUGUACUUUGCAUAUUUAAAAUGGUAUGUAUAAUGGUAAAAUAGUAUAUAAAAUGGUAUGGCAAUGGCAUGUUCACUGGUAACAGAUGAAGUUAAUGUUAUUUAGCAGAUUAAAAAUAAUCUUCAAUUAAGUUGAUAAAUUAUUAAAUAAGCAUAUAAAUGUUACUAGUAUACAUUUAAUAAGACUAUAUGUUGAAAUUCAGUAAUAAUUACUUGGAACGUAAUGGAAGAGGAACUUAACAGUAUAUCUCAUGGACUUUCUAAAGAUAUUGAGAAAAUUAUGGGAAAAAGAAAAUCAACUUUACUAGAUGACGAUAAAAAUAUGAAAAGAAAUAAAAAUGGUUCUUAUGUAAUACAAGAGCACAACUACUUUAACACAGAAGAAAAAGUGUCAACUAAAUUAAAUUUAUUGCCAAGGCUAAAAAGAUUUUCUCAAGACAUGUUAAAUAAUAGUUGUAACUCAUUAAUCAAUAUAAAUAAUCAUGAAAAUGAUAAGUAUAGCGAUUCUUUGCCUGAUUGGUUGAAUAUGUCUGGUUAUUCUAGUGAAGAAGAUGUCCAUGUUACAGUUUAUGACAAUGUUUCAGAGCAAAGCCCUUUAAGCCAGAUAGUCAAUCUUUUAAAAAAGGAACAAGAGAAAUAUGAAAUUAUUAUGAAUGAGCAAAAAACAAAAGACAAAUCUCUAAUGACAGAAAAUAUAAGUUAUUAUUAUUUACCAAAUACUAAUGUUAAGGCACCAGAGAUUUCCAAAAAACAAUCAACACUAAAUAAUUUUUAUAAAACCCUACCAAGAAAGGAGAAUUACAAAGAAAGAAUACUUAAAGAAGCUAAAAAAGUAUUUUGUUUUAAAAAUAAUGUAGACUAUCUGAAAAAUGACCAUGGAAAUAAUAGACAUAUAGAUUUUAGAACACCUCAGCAAGCUUUACCUAUAACGUUUGUCAGUCCAAAAAUAAAUAAAACUUUACCUACUGCAAUUAGAUCUAAACCAUUUGUCCAUAUUAAAGCUAAACAGUUUCAAUAUAAUCCUAAUGUUACUUCUUUUGGGAAAAACAAUAUAAAUGUUGAAGAGCCCAUUAUUAGUAAUUCAUAUUUUUAUAUUGACAACGUGAUUUGUGAUAAUGUAAUAAAUGAAUCAGAUACAUUAAAUAUUACAACUGAUACUUCAAACAUACAAACACGUGGUUGUCCUCCUUUCAAAUGGUUUCAUCUUAUAUAUUUAGCUAUAAAAAAUUCUCCCACUGAGUAUGUAUCUAUCCACGACGUACAAAUAUUUAUAAGCCGAUGGUUUCCAUUUUAUUCUAAUAAAUCAAAGGAAAGAGUUGAGUCAGCUUUAUUGACAUAUACACCACACUAUUUUAACUCUACAGUUUUAAAUUUUAAGAUGAACGAUAUUGACGAUUUUCCAUAUAAGUGGACUGUAAAUAUUUCAUCAACAAAUGUAUUAGAAUUUCAGACAAGAUCUAUUGCAAAACAAUAUAGUAAUGAAAAUAAGGCGACAAAAAACUUUCCAGAUAAGUUAGAAUCAAUUUUAAAAGGAUAUGGUUUAAGACAUUUGGGAUAUGAUCCAGGACACCAAGCUAUACCUAACCUGAAGACUGACCAUUUCACAAAAAACAUUUAAUAUUUAUUAUUAAAAGCUAAG